UUUCCUACGUUUCCUACCCGCCCCUUUUAGAGCAUGUAAGCUAAUGGUUGUUUGUUGUUGUUUUGUCAUUUCUUCUUUAAAAACGUGGAACAUCAAAACAAAAUGGAGUCAAAGGGACCCUCUCUUUAUGCACCGGCAGGCUCCUCAGUAGAUAUGACACGAAGCACAGAGGAGGACUCUUUGGUGGACGGACCUCUGAUCUCUGCCGACGCCCUUUACUCCGCCAUCAGGAGAGAGUUUCAGACCAUUCCAACACCCUGCCAUGCUGUCCUGCUGUCUCUGCUACAUGUUGUGUACGUGGUGUUGUCAAUGUGUGUGGCAGUGCUGUGUGUGUUGGAGUUGGGCCAAAAGGAGGUGUGUUUGAAUAUUUUGGGUAACGUGCGAGGCGACAGUGUCAUUGUGUUUGGGAAGGUGUGUUUAUGGGUGCUGGUGCUGUUGUUCACUGGGUGUGUGCAGCACCACCACAGCCAGGCCAGGAGCAGAGGAUACCUGCGAUUCUACAGACAGACGCAGGGACUGAAGCAUCUGCCGCUCACCGUGCACUCUGCAGGAAAUGUUCUGCUGCUGAUUGUUCUGGCCAUGCGAUUAUCACUGACCGUGCAAACCUACGUGCUGCUCAGCGUGCUGGGGUUGGAGCUGUUGGUUGCAUUGCCGUGCCUCCUCUAUUACACAGUCCAAGUGAUGCGGUUCAACAGGGAGCGAGCUGCACCAGAUGUGAGCCAAGAAGAGCAUUCACUCAACCACAGUGUCACGAGUCUGCCGAGGGAGACCGGCUUCAGAGAGGGCUCCAAUCUGCAGGAGGUGGUGGAGAAACAGGCCGACCUGAUAGAGUACCUGAAGCAGCACAACACCUUACUGAGCAAGAGGCUGCUCAACCUCACCGCUCAGCACUGACCACAGUCCGGCCUCCUCUUCCUCCUCCUCCUCCUCGUGAGCCAGAGCCCGAUCACUUCGACACUCCGCUCUCUCGACACAAAGGAGAGGGGGAUCUGUGGGUUUGAAAGAGAUGACGAGAAGCUAGAAGGAAAAACUACUGGAUAAAAGACUAAAAGCAAGGAAAUCCCUGUGCACACAAGGCACCUGUGCGCACAGACAUGAGAUGGGGGGGGGCUUCUCCACGAGGCACCUGAGACGGACAGAUAACGCAGGAGGAGGUGAGCUGUAAGUGGAGGGCAGUUAGAGAGGCAAAGUGGGAGGAGGAGCAGAGCAGUCAUGGGUCACAGAUCAGAGGUGAGGGUUUUUUUUUAUCACUGUGUAACAACCUCCGGUGACCCGCGUACGACGCCGCCGCUUGAGAGAGAAACAGAAGAGGCGAAAUUGUUUUUAGAGCUCAUCCGCACUGAGGAGGAGCUGAAGGAGUCGGAGAUGUGUUCACUCAUCACGGUCGAACAAAAGAAACAGAUCGUGCGCCGCUGUAAAUGUCCGUAAGUGGUAUUUUAUCUGUCCGAAUGUGUAAAUGCUUCGUUUGGUAGCAGUUUUUUUUUCUAUCUGUUUAAAUCAUUGAGUUUGUGUAUUUGUGAUCUGAUUCCGAUAAAUAUGUAAUAAACUUCAUUUGUGUUUAAGCCUU